GGUAAUAGUUUGUUAUAUAAUGAGCGGUAAACAUAAAUCAUACAAUCUAAAUGGUUAUUGAGCGUCUCCCGUAUUUAAAUUGUGAAUACGAAUUCAGCGGGAGAAGAUAUGAAGUUAUCUUCUAUUCGGAAAACGUUUCUCAAUGGAAAAUAGAACUUACCGACCUCAUCACCAAUGAAGAGUGGCAUACUUCCUUAUGUGAAGCAUUUGUUGAGGAAUUAACUAGAAAGACUGGGAAUUUCAAGAGGUUCGAGGUUUUUUGCUCGAUGAUACAAUCAGCUUUAUCUAAGCGUUCUAGUUUCCUUACCCUAGAUUUACUCAGUUAUGAAGACCUGAGUGAAAUAAGGAAGAUGAAAAUCAUCAAUGGCUACCAUUCUUCUCGAUCUCCCAUCUCAGUGAAUGUAAAUAAGCGUUAUUUGAUCCUGUCUUAUAUAACUGAAUUUGAUAAAAUUCACUACCCUAUACCGUUGACGUUUGUUGGUUGUCCAACCUCGGAAAUGUACAGAAGUACUAUACACAAACUGAGGGUAAAACUACUUAAUGGUCAAACGACUUUGAAUUCCUCCGAACAACAGUCAGUUGAAUCAGAAUCACUCAAAGCGCUUUCCAGGUUGCAGUCAGAGAAUGCAGCAUUAAAAGAAGAACUUCGUUAUACCAAUGAGUGUUUAAGUCAAAUGAAAGCCCACCAGCAGAUGCAUUCUGACGGUGAUUCUCAACCAUACUCUGAAAAAGUUAAACAACUGGGACUGAAGGCUUUCGUAAAUAAUUUAGAGACAGAGCUUUUUGAAGAAAGAUCGAAAGCCUCUCGCCAAAUGGUUGAGUAUACUCGUGAAAUAGCUCGAUUGCAAGCAGAUUUGGAGGCUGCAACAAUUGACCAGAGAGGAAUGCGUCGUAAAAUAGAUCAGUUGUCAGAAGAAUUAUGCUUUUUAAAAGGAGGGUCAUUACACAGAAGAUCCGGUGACUUCACUUCAGCUGGUUACAGCGUGAGCAACAAAUUGGGUCGAUUAAGUCGAGUGAACCGAUCUGAUGUCUUGUCACUUUGUCAAAAAAGCUGUUCAAGUCACAAACCAGUCUCCUCAGCAGUGAAUUUUAGAAGAAAUAUCCCUACCCGUAGAGCUGGUAGUGCAAGUCCAACAGUAUAUCGAUUGGUUUCACAUGGAUCUAGUCUUACUAAUACCGCUUGUUCUAAUUCAAUGAACCUACCAUCCCAUGUUUGUAGACAACGGACUAACUCUCUAGACAGAGCAUUGUCAAGAGAUAGUCGUCGGUUUGAUCCUACAGCCUAUGUAAGAGAAAGAGAAAGACAACGUGAAGAAAAUGCAAUUAAACGCAAAUUAGCUCAACGGCAAUCAUUGAUUGGUACCACGUCGAAUCAACGAGCAAGAUCAUUCUCAAGUCUAGAUAAUCGUUAUAAUUUAGACGCAAAAAAUACUACUUAUACACGACUUCCACGUAAUUCUGGAACGUCUUCGCCAGCUUUUCAUCAUGUGAAUCUGGUUUGGAGUGUAUAACUAGAAAAUCAUAUCCUAGAACUAUUACCAAAUAUGGUGGGAUUCAUCAAUCAGCGUGUAAUUAUAAUUUUAAUCGUUCAGCUAGUUGUUCCCCUCGUCCAUCACUUUACGUUCUUCUCGUUCUCCUGUCAAUGGUUAUUAUGUAUCAAGUUCUCCACAACCAAUAGGUGUUAAUACACAUCGAAGCGAUAGUUCACAGAAUCAAAAUAAACGCAAUUUACCUACUCCAUUAAAUGAUAUUACUACUUAUAAAUCUUCAGUAUCACGAUCAAAUGUACAAAGUUCCCGUGUACCGGAACGUCAUCAAAUUGAUAGCGAAGUAGAUUCUGAGUACAGCUUGUGUUCUGGAAGACUAUCUCGUCGGCCUCAUCCAACUAAUAGACAUGGAAAUCAAAAGAAGAAAAUUAUUUCUGAUGAUGCUGAUACAGAAUUGGAUGAAAUUGAUCAUCGUUUAAAUGUACUUCAAGGAUUUUUUGAAAAGUAUUUAAUCAAUUCAUAAAUACUAUACCAUGGGGUUAUCACUAUUUAGAGGGAGAUCUUGUUAAUACUAUCUUAUGAUUUGAUUUCCUUUUCUGAUGUCUAUAUUGAUCCGUCAGAAAAUGGGUUUAUAUUAUAAUCUCUUUCAGUAGUAUCAGCUGAAUAUGUAGUCUGAUUCCUUAGUCGUGAUGAGAGAGGGAAAAAAUAUUGUUCAGCAAAUUUACUGAUAAAGCUGUUUCCUUUUCUUUUUAUGAGAUUCGAUAAGCAUUUCAACAAAUAUAUAUAUACUCACUGUGGUAAUAUUCGGGUAUUAUUCGUUAAUCCUAUACAGUGUGAUGUGAGUAAAGUGUAAUCAAACAGAAGCUAGAAUAUAUUGAAUCUUGUUUUUGACUCU